GCAGGUCUGGCUCUAGAUAUACAACUUGUCCAGAUGGGUUUCUUCAGCUCAGUUCAUAUGACAACGACGGUUGUUGUCAACAAGAAAAGGUGAAAUGUAAAACAACCAAAUGCUAUGAACGGGAGAAAUCGACUAUAUUUAUAUCAUCAACAAAACAAAGUAAUUCUUUUGAUUUUUUUUUUUUUAGCUUUCAACUAUAUGUUUAGUUAUGGAGAGUAACGUUGUACGUUGAACCGCAGAUGAAUGUAUAUUUUGUUUACACAUCCAAAAGUGUUUUUGGAUCUGUUGUUAGCUAGUAGGCUAACUAGCUAGCCGGCGAUGUAUUUGUGAUUUGGCUGGCUAGCUAGCUCAAUUUUCUUUCUUCUCAAAGUUGUUUUAUGGAGAUAGUUAGCUUGUGUGUUACACAAAUAGUAGUUAGUUUGUCAUUGUCGUGAUUGUAGGUUAGCUAACUAACCAGUGGCGUCUACAUUGUUAGCUAGCUAGCUAGCUAGUUAGCCUCGACGUUUACAGGAUGAGUAACGUUAGCAGUCAAAAACGCCAGCAUUUUAAAGGAGCCGAAGUGAGCUGCAGUGUCAAAUACUUCUUGUUUGGAUUUAACAUCAUAUUUUGGUUACUGGGAGCAGCCUUCCUUGGCAUAGGACUGUGGGCAUGGGCCGAGAAGGGGGUGCUGUCCAACAUGGCCUCCAUAACAGACCUGGGAGGCUUCGACCCCGUGUGGCUGUUCAUCGUAGUGGGAGGAGUCAUGUUCAUCCUGGGAUUCGCUGGUUGCAUCGGAGCGCUACGGGAAAACACCUUGCUGCUCAAAUUUUUCUCAGUGUUCCUGGGUCUGAUCUUCUUCUUGGAGCUGACAGCAGGCAUCCUUGCCUUUGUGUUCAAGGACUGGAUCAAAGACCAGCUCAACUUCUUCAUCAACAACAACGUCAAGGCUUACCGCGACGACAUCGACCUGCAGAACCUCAUAGACUUCACACAGGAAUAUUGGUCGUGCUGUGGAGCCCACGGUCCUAAUGACUGGAAUCUGAAUAUCUACUUCAACUGCACUGAGUUUAACCCCAGCAGAGAGCGCUGUGGAGUCCCCUUCUCCUGCUGCGUCAAAGACCCUGCCGAAGACGUCCUUAACACACAGUGUGGCUACGACGUGAGACUUCAAGGGGAGUUGGACCAGCAGAAGUACAUCCACACCAAGGGUUGUGUGGGUCAGUUUGAGAGGUGGCUUCAAGACAACCUGAUCAUUGUAGCUGGGAUCUUUGUGGGCAUUGCACUUUUACAGAUAUUUGGGAUCUGCCUGGCUCAGAACCUGGUGAGUGACGUCAAGGCCGUGAAGGCCAACUGGUGACGCCAGGACCCUGAGGGGGAGGGAGUACUUUGACCUUUGACCCCUAACAUCCAGCUCACCUCCCACUGACCGCUAAGAGAUGAAAACACAAAGAGCUGUUUACCUCUGGACCUGCCAGGCUGAGGUGAAAACACAAAGAGCUGUUUACCUCUGGACCUGCCAGGCUGAGAGAUGAAAACACAAAGAGCUGUUUACCUCUGGACCUGCCAGGCUGAGAGAUGAAAACACAAAGAGCUGUUUACCUCUGGACCUGCCAGGCUGAGAGAUGAAAACACAAAGAGCUGUUUACCUCUGGACCUGCCAGGCUGAGAGAUGAAAACACAAAGAGCUGUUUACCUCUGGACCUGCCAGGCUGAGAGAUGAAAACACAAAGAGCUGUUUACCUCUGGACCUGCCAGGCUGAGAGAUGAAAACACAAAGAGCUGUUUACCUCUGGACCUGCCAGGCUGAGAGAUGAAAACACAAAGAGCUGUUUACCUCUGGACCUGCCAGGCUGAGAGGUGAAAACACAAAGAGCUGUUUACCUCUGGACCUGCCAGGCUGAGGUGAAAACACAAAGAGCUGUUUACCUCUGGACCUGCCAGGCUGAGAGGUGAAAACACAAAGAGCUGUUUACCUCUGGACCUGCCAGGCUGAGGUGAAAACACAAAGAGCUGUUUACCUCUGGACCUGCCAGGCUGAGAGGUGAAAACACAAAGAGCUGUUUACCUCUGGACCUGCCCGUCCGUCUAUUUCACCUGGUGUCACUUUCAACCCUACUUCCACUAGGAUUUCAAAACAUCCCUACAGAAAGGCCUUCCAGGGCUGCUUGUUGGAUACCUACUAUCCCACUUGUACAGCCUUUCUGUCUUCUGUACAGUAUAGAGUGUGCUGCUGACUGACCUACCGGCUGGCAUUUCUUUCCGUUAUCCUAUGACCACUGAAGGACAUUAAGCUCUCUUCAUGUUAGAGUAAAAUUCAGAAAAUUCGCAAGAUGGCAAGUCUGGAGUUAGCAAGGCCUUUGCUACGGAUGCAUGUCUUUAACCAGCUGUUUGUUGAACAGCAUGUUUUAACAUAAAUUAGUUUUUCUUUUCUCGUGUCUGUCGACGUUUUGAGUUUAAUCAAACAGACAGACAUAACGGAGAGGAUUUUUCUCUCCCGGCAUCCCUGAAGCACAUGGGGAUAGUAUGCUUUUACUUGAUCUAACCUUUAACCUUACACUAACGUUAAAUCUACGUUAUACUGAUGUCGAGGCUACGUUUGUAUGUGUUUAUUCUGUCUGUCUUCUGGACUCCCACCACUACCUUUUGGAAGCUUGAAUUACCUGACACCCUAGUUGUUAUUCUGAUACAUCUGGUCUGUCUGGAUUUGUACUUUUCUCCUCUCUUAGUUUGUUUCUCCUCGUGUUUGUUGGUGUGUUUGUUGUCUAUCUGUCUUAGUUGGACUGUUUUUUUUGUUGUACUAGUUUGUAUAGAAUAACAAAUACUUGUUUUAAUAUCUUCAUGUAUAAAUAGCAACACAUUUUCUCAAUAUAACAUGAAGGCUGCUUCAUCAUUGUAUCUUGGAGGAUUGCUAUGAGUAAGUAGAUUUUUCUGGUACAUUUCCCAUGUUUCCCAGAAAUCCUGGUUGUAAGAUUCCGUAUUUCCUGUUUAUUCCUUCCUGAUUUCUGGCAACUCUUCCACAACCAGGAUUUCUUGAAAUCUGGGAAUUUGGGAAAAAAGUUAACAAAAUGUUUUCAAAUCUAUUAGUAUGUUAUUUGUAACCAGGUCUAAUGCUUACAUGGUGAAAUGAAAUCCAUAUUAUUAUUCUGAUCUUUAUUAGAACAGAUAAAGUGGUGGUUGUGCCAUAUUCAUGUUUUUUUUUUAUUUUUUAACUUGCGUUAUUACCUUAUCAAUACAGAGUUUACACUUUCAGCCAACCAGUACAUUUUAAGCACGUUAUCAGAUUUGUAGCAGUAUAUGGUUUGAAUUGAAUUGUAUUUAUUGGGAUUUGGGGAUUUUAAAUUAUGUCUGGCAUGAAUAUAUUCCCUGCAGCUUCUGUCUGGCCGCUCUGUCAGCUCUUGUACCCAGUUAUUGCUCCACUCGUUAAGGUCCCUUAGAUAUACCUUACCACUGUCUCGCUCUUCCUGUGGUGUGUACAAGGCCUGUGUGUAGGAGCUGUAGUGUUCCUCCUCUUGGAGGAAUCCUUCCUGGUUGGGCUGCUGUUGUAGUAACAGGCUUGGUUCUUAGCUGUAUUACCAUGUACUUCCCUGCGUGUCAGAGCUCUUUAAUGGUGUUGUUCAGCAGCAUGGGCUUUACUUCCCUGCGUGUCAGAGCUCUUUAAUGGUGUUGGUCAGCAUCAUGGGCUGUACUUCCCUGCUUGUCAGAGCUCUUUAAUGGUGUUGUUCAGCAUCAUGGGCUUUACUUCCCUGCUUGUCAGAGCUCUUUAAUGGUGUUGUUCAGCAUCAUGGGCUUUACUUCCCUGCGUGUCAGAGCUCUUUAAUGGUGUUGUUCAGCAUCAUGGGCUUUACUUCCCUGUGUGUCAGAGCUCUUUAAUGGUGUUGUUCAGCAGCAUGGGCUUUACUUCCCUGCGUGUCAGAGCUCUUUAAUGGUGUUGUUCAGCAUCAUGGGCUCUACUUCCCUGCUUGUCAGAGCUCUUUAAUGCUGUUGUUCAGCAUCGUGGGCUCUGGGUGUGUGCGACGACCGCUUUACCUUCGUUCGUCAAGUAGCCUUGAACGAUGGUUUGCCUGAAUAGGAGAGAAACCAGUUUGUGUGUCAGGCUAGGUUUUUAUGCCAAA